UCCAAGUCGAAAAUUGAAACUGAUGUCAGUGAUAUUUGGAUUGGGGAUAAAAGUAGGCAUGACACUAGUCCACAGAAGAUGAAAAUAUUAAAUUACGACACUGACAUUACCAUGCGUUUUAAAGAACAAUUGGAAACUGAUCCGGAAAUGUUCAUCCUUAAUAACUUACUAUUAAGUGUUAUGUUUUUCGAAAAUUAUGUCAAAGAAAUGCAACCGUACGCCACAAUGUAUAAAUCCGAUGACCGAAAACGGAAGAUUAAUAACAGCCUCCAAAGACUGCUGGCCGAAGAUAAAAUGUGUCAAAUUUUGCCGGACUGCAUUUUAGAAAGCGUCAGCAAACACGUAGCUUACAAGCCACAUCAUGGCAAGCUGAAGCAAAUAUUUCAGCCAAUAUCUACCAAGCGGAUGUUCCUGAUAAAUGAUAUUGUAGAUGUUGUGCCCAGUGACCAAACAAUAUCUGAAUACUCAUCUCUGGAUAAGCCUUCGUAUAUAUUUAAAUUGAUUUAUUCGGAAAGAAAAGGAUUCGUUAAGUUGAUACAUGUGGAAGAUCCAUUGCACAAAACUGUCACACCAGCCCACUAUACCUUAUCAGACGAGCCGGUACCAUCAACCAGUUCUCAGAACGAUGAUUACAGUGCCAUAACUAAUUUACGAACUCCCCAACCCAUAGAACAAGAUGAAGGUACGACUGUGAGAAGAACUACUUUACCGAAUUCCUGUUUCCGUUCCAAGAAACAAAAGUAUGAAAGCGAGGAAGGUGAAGAAGAAACAAAUGAAGAAGAUACAGUUACUUACAUCAGAUACUUGAGUUCAGCUGGUUACAUGAAGUAUUUCAGAAAAGAAGUGUUUCAGUCGAUCGUAACUAAGACAAUAGGUAAGAUUAAGGGACAAUCACAAUGGGUGCCCGGAAAAAUUUUUUGCACGGAGGAGGACGAGUUUGAGAGGGAAGUUCCGUGGGAGAUAAUUCCAGCCAUAGCUAUUCCUUGGCCAGUUGAUCACGCCUACGACUUUGAAAACAAACCGUGGCCUUCGGCUAAAGUUAUCCAACAAAUUCAAGAAACAAAUGCGGUUGCCAUUCCGACUGGUUUCUUUACUAAAAUUGGUACAAACGCCGAAAAUGAGAUUGAGUGGGAAAUUUGCUUUCCAAAAGCUGAACACAUUUUGCAAUGUCAAAUGUCCCAUGCCCAAAUACGGUGUUAUAUGCUUUUGUUAGCUAUUCAUAAGGAUUUUAUAGAACCUGUGACAAAAGGUCAAGGACUUUUGCCGGAACAUAUAAGAAAUCAUAUGUUUUGGGAGAUACAAAAGGAACCUGACUAUAUAUAUUGGCAGAACAAUUUAUUAGCUAACAAGAUGAAAAAUAUAAUUUAUGAAUUAAACGAACGAAUAAGCAGCAGACACCUGCAACAUUUCUUUAUCAAUCAAAGAAACAUGUUUGAAAAUAUUCCUACGAAGUAUCUAGAUUAUGCCCAUAAAAUCUUUCACAACUUUUUGGAAUUGCCAAUCAUGCACUUCAUUUCGGUAAUAAGGAACAUUAGAUACUUGAAUCCGUCAGAAUAUUAUCCUUCUAUCAAUUAUAAUCACUUGAUACAGAUACUUGCAGACACUGGCGAUGUAUCUUUUAAGGGGCAGGAGUCGCUCUCAAAGGUAACUGAUCAGAAGAAUAAAAAACAGAAUCUCAGUAAUGGAGAAGAGGAAGAAAAACCAAAAAAGUCCAUUGAUUCUAUAGAUCUUUCGUGGACGCCUAACUUCGGUUCAUCUGUUCGGCAAGAAGUAAAUCUUUUAAAACUAUUCAUUAAUCUCUUUUUGAAAAUAGCGAAUAGAAGUUCCCAAAUUUCGGAGUCUCCACAAACUAUAUUGUAUUGCAAGCAGACUCAAUAUCUUUGUGAAAUUUUACGUCAGUUGUCAAGGAGUAGCGAAGAAGAGGUCGCGAAAUUCUACAGCCAAGCAAAAGAAAUAGAGGAACGUGAGAGAAUUAAAAUGGCAAAAAAUAAAGAUAAUAAGCCAAGGUUACCGACAAGAACUUCUAUUCAAGUACAUCAGGUUGUAAAUGGCAAUCAGGUAAACCUGCACGCAUUAAAUAAGGCUUUUAACACGAAGGUAACUGUAAAAAAUCAGAUUAGCCAAAGACCGUCUGGUUCUAACAAAAUAGACAGGAGGAAAAGUAAUAUGUCAGAAACGUAACUAUAAAACAAUUAGAUUUAGUUCUAUUACUGUAGAUAUUUAUUAGAAUUAAUAAUAAGUUAUGUAAUUAUUUAUUUGAUUCUGUAAAUAUAUAAAAUAUGUAGAUUUAACAUGAAGUAAAUUUAAUAGAU